AUGGCGUACCUGGACCGCACCGAGGCUUGGGAGUCUGCGCCGCCCCCCCCGACAGCCAGCAGCUAUCCCGACGGCACCCAGUUCACGAGGCUGUCGACUCCUCUCUUGCCGCCAGUGUAUGCGCGCCUCCCCAUCCUGACGCAACUCUGGCUUCAGUCUCGAUUGACCCGGCGUGCGUCGAAAGAGCUCAAAGGCGCCUACAGGGCUUGGGCGAGGGAUGAACGCGAACGGGAGAAGCGAUGGCGGCGCGGGAUCUUCGAUGAAGGGCCAACAACAGUUCUCCGACUACCAAGAGGACCAGGAGCGCAUAAGCCGGACACGGGCGACAUCGAGAAGAUGAUGGACGUCAUGGAGUUCGAGGAAAGUCUGAAGAAAGGCGAAGUGCUGGCCCUCGGACAGCCGCUUUCCGGGGACUCAGGCGAGGCUGACCCCCGAGGUACAGCAAAUGAGAAGGUUGAGGACUUCCUGACAGAUCCGCUUGAGGAAGGAGAACCACCAGAAGCAGCCGACUACGCCGAGCUGCAGCAAUACGCCCCCGACUGCAUGAUGGCGUCGGGACGGCUUGAUCCUUCCGCGUUCCGGGACGCGGGGUGGGCUCGACCAGCGACACUGUCAAAUGUCGGUCUCCAGUUCGACAUCUGCCGCCUACUGUGGCCAAAGGUAUGGCGCGCCCUCUGGGCUGAGCGGCGAUGGACAGGCCAUAUGCUCCUCUACCUUUUCCGCGUGAUUUACGACGGCCUCUCAACGACGGCCAACCUCUGGGCCGACCAGCAAAUGUUCAAUCUCGUCGAGCGGAGCUUCAAGACGGGUAUCAGGGCGACAUGGCAGGAAACGUUGACUGCUGUCGGCCUUGCUCUCGGCGUGAGGGCGUUCAGCGAGAUCGUGAGACUGGUUACCCGCCGCGCAACGCGCAAACUCGAGACCUACGUCGACUUCUGCAUGGAACGGGCGUAUCUCCGCGCUCAGCUCGGUAUGACCCUGCAAGCGCGCAACUCGCCACUGCACAUCGCAAGGGUGCAUGAGGCGGGCGUCUUUGCUGGCUUCGAGCCUCAGUUCGGCCUCGAACGUCCUGUCUCUGGACCGUGGAUGAUGGUCCAGACUUUCGGUGAGGCGACCUCUCUCCUCAUCAGGGUCGGGCUGCAGGGUACGAUGCUGGCGAAGAUGCUCUUCAGCACCUUCUCGGGCGACCCGCGGUACAGAUGGGGCAACGCAGCGCUGCUUACGCUCUCGCUGGCACCGGCGUUCAUCCAGCUCGGCUUCGACCGGGUCCUCGACUGGAUGGCAGACAGGGAGGAGGCGACGUACGUCGACCAGACGCCGGUGCGUGUCGAGCAGGCGACGAGGGCGUUCGCGACCGACUCGCAGUUCACACUCGAGCUGGUCCUUUUCGGCCUGAAGGACUGGGUGCUCGCGCAGUGGGAGACGGCGCGGAAGGAGAUCAUUCGUCGCCAGCUGGAGUACGCCACGAGGGCUCAGAACGGUGCGGAGGCAGUUUACACUCUGCUGAUGAGUGUGGUCAAGUACGGCUUCUACGCGCUGCUCGCGACGCAAUCAGUUCCGACCUCUUUCACGCUCGGCGCUCUCCACGCGCAAUCGGAGAUGAGCGAGGAUCUGCUCUACGCCGUCAACGAGCUGAAGGAUUGUUGCCAGGGCGUCGCCCAAAUCCCCUACUACCUCGCCGCGUUCGUUGCCGCGACGGACGACCAGGAGCGCCUCGGCCCGCAGAUUGACUACGAGGCGCACCGCAUACCGGGUGGAAUGCGCAUCGAGGCCCAAGGCUUGGGAUUCACAUACCCUGGCGCCGAGAAGGCGACAUUGCACGACAUCAACCUGACCAUCGAGCCGGGACAGACAAUUGCGAUCGUCGGCUCUAACGGAAGCGGCAAAACGACGCUCGUCAAGGCUCUCCUCGGCCUGCAUGGUCACUCAGGCAGUUUGCGAGUAAACGGAACCGAGAUUGCAGACUACGAUCACACAACGCUGCACGCACGCAUGUCCUGCCUCUUCCAGGACUACUGCAAGUAUCAAAUGAGCUUGCGCGUCAAUGUUGGACUGGGCGAUACGAACAAGAUUGACGACGACCGCUCUGUUCUCCGUGCCAUCAGGAGGGGAGGGGCUCGCCCCAUCCUCGCCAAGGUCGGAUUGGAGGGACAGCUGAACCCCUUCCAGCAGCCUCGCGAGUUGGGCCGCCGACGUCCCCGCAAGCGCCGUGACUCGACCGCUCCGCCUCCAAAGGAUGGCGCAGACAUCACCGAGCCUGGAACACCCCUGACGCCCGUGCCCGCCACACCUGCACCUGGAACUCCUGGGCCGGCGGACGUAGCUGACGCGGCCCCACUGACGCAGGAGGGACUCGACGCUGUCUCCGCCGCCGUGAAAGCCGAUGCGCUCUCUUCGUCCGAUGACGAGGACGCCAUCGUUGUGCGUGAGCCCGUGCCCGGCGAGAUCGAUGCGGGCACCUGCAUCUCCGGCGGGCAGUGGCAGCGCGUUGCGCUGUCGCGCGCAUUCAUGCGCAGCGAGAGCGCGGACCUCGUCGUGUUCGACGAGCCCUCGGCGAGCCUGGACCCGAAGGCCGAGAGCGAGCUGUUCGACCGCAUCCACUCGCUAUCGCGGCAGAAUUCGACCACCAUCUUCAUCUCUCACCGCUAUGCUACUGUCAAGCGGGCGGACAAGAUCGCCUUCGUCGACCACGGCACCAUUGUCGAGUUUGGCAGUCAUGACGAGCUCAUGAAGCAGCGCGGCAAGUACUGGGAGAUGUACACGCUGCAGGCUGAAGCCUUCUUGUAG